AUGGCAGAAAUAUCUGAAGACGAAUUAGAAGAUAUAUUAAAGGAUCUACCUGCACACGAAAUAUACUCAGAAUUAAACGAACAUGUUCAAAGUGAUUCAAGGUUCGUUAAGCACUGCAAAAAAAUGCAUAAGUUUGAAAAUAAUAACGAUGAGAUGAUUAAUCUUUGCAAAAAAAUUGCAAGGAAUCUUGAAAAAUUAUCUGGUAUUCUCAGUAACAACGCAAAGGAUGUUAAGUGUUCAUAUUUUAAUCAUUGGAUGUAUAAUGAAAUAUGGAAAUUGGUGCGUACUGAAUCUAAUUAUGAAAUAGAUAAAGACGCUAUUCUUAAGUUAGCUUCGAUAGGAUUUGAUAUAAAUUGGGAAUUAUCCAGAGAUUAUUGUUCUUAUGAGUACUAUAAGGAUGAGGAAUUUUCAGAUUGGAAGAAAAUGAAAAAUCUGCAUGAUUAUUUUAAAAAUUUUGAUCAAAUAAAAGAAAAAAUACAGUCCGCUGGUGAUAAAUAUGAAAAAUAUAGUAAAUACAUUAAAUAUAUUAGUAAAAUAUAUGAUGAUUACGAAGAUGAAUGUUGUGAUUCUGAUUUGGACAAGGAUGAAUUUGCCCCAAUAUAUUUUAAGUGCCAUAAAGAUUAUCGUCCCCACAAUCUCUUAUCAUUAUUGGAGAGUAAUAAGGCUACAUCAGGUGCUCAACCACUAGUAAAAGGUCCCAAAGAACUAAACACGCAAGGAGAGGCUUCUAAUAAAUUUACAUUAGAAAUCCAGAAUCCAAGUGAUGUUUCUGGUGCAACAAAAUUGAAUCAAUUAAAAAAAGGUAUAUUUCAAACUUUUAAUCAACCUGUAAUAACUGGUGGAGAAGAUUCCCAAAAAUAUGCAUUAGCAUCUAUUCAGAAUCCUGUAAAUGAUUCUUGUCCAUAUGGGGCUAGUUUAGAAUAUAACUCACGAAACUUGAAUUGCAGAUCCAAGGAAACUUCUAAAGCAUCAUAUCAAGAAGACUUUGAAGAGAAGAUUGAACAAGGAUAUGGUUCUUUACAAGCACUUACUGAGGAAAUUCACGAUGAAGGCAAGAAAAGGGAAGAUACAGUAGGAAGCAUUGUAGGAGAAGUUACUUCACUAACAUUACAAGUAGACAGACAUAGUAAAGAAAGAAGAAAUACCGAUGUUUAUGAAUCAAGCUCUAGUUCUAGAGCAGUACAAAAUGGUCAUACACCAUUAUCAUACAGUGGUUGGGGUAAAAGUUACACUAGUAGUUUGGAUACUAGAGAAGAAGAGUAUAAUAUAGUAGAGUCCUCCGAUUUUAAUGUUUCUAGUAUAUUGGAUACUUUAAAAAACAACCUUUCGAGUAUUUCCAUUGUAUCUUCAGCAUCUAUAGGAUUAAUAAUUCUUUUAUUAGUUUAUUUUAAGAUUAGGCGUAGGAAAACCGAUUUGCGUAGAAAACGAGAGGAAAUGAACACUAACUAUUAUACUUAUGGUGAAGAGGGAAUUCCGGAAUU